AUGAGCGGCGACGACCCCGGGCCAUCCUCCAACUACUACAGGGCAUUCCCUGCCACCGCAGACGGCCCCCUCCGGCCCCCAGAGCCACCCCGCUCCCCCAUCCUCGGCGCCACCCUCCCUCCUCACCAGCCGGAUCGCGACUACUAUGCCCUCCUCAACCUCCCCAAAGACGCACCCGACUCGGCCAUCCGUGAUCGCUAUCGCUCUCUCGCUACUACCUGGCACCCCGACCGCCAGCGAUCAGACUCUGCGCGCCUCGCUGCACACACCCAAUUCACCGAGAUUCAGCGCGCUUAUGAAGUGCUGAUAGAUCCGAUGAAGCGGACAGUGUAUGACAUGUUUGGUGAGGAGGGAUUAAAGACAAGCUGGGAGGUGGGGCCGAGGGUGAAGACGACGGAGGAGAUGCGCAAGUGGUUUAUGGGGCAGGCGUAUGAGAAAAAGUCGCUGGAAGCGGAGGUGCUCGUCAAGCCGAAGAGCGAGAUGGAGGUGGUCUUGGAUGCGAGGGCGGUGUUCCUGCCAAGGACCUACUUCCAGGAUCCCGACCAACUCAAGCACGAUCCCAUAUCGCGGGCUUUGCGGGUCCGACCAGGCCGGGCGGUCAUGAAGCACUCUUUCGAAAUACCCGUCUCGCCCAACACUCAAUUCGUCAUCGAAGGACAAGCGCUCUCUCGCAAUGGUCGAGGCGGUGCCAACAUUCUUGGUACGGUCAAGCAUCAGUUCUCCCCCAAGCUCUGGUUUGAAGGUGGCAUCACUUGCUUGAAUCCACGGAUAUUCCGAGCAAAGGGGACGUAUACGAUCGAUGAGGAUCAGUAUUUGACUGCCAACAUUGUGGCGCCUACUGUCGCUGCUCCUCCUCAGCUCGGCUUCACCUAUGGUAGGCGGUUAUACCAGGACACGACUGGGUUCAUGACUUUCGAACCUGGAUCUUUCUCCCUCGGCCCCUGGGGCGCCUCCCGCACAGAGAACGAAUUGUCUCCAUCUUCCCUCUCUAUCGGUAUCACAAACUCCACCCGAUCCGGCUCCGGCUGGACCGUCCAAACCUCUGCCUCCCUCGCUUCCAACCAAGUCUCCGCCGACUACUCCAUCCCCAUCCCCGGUGGUCUCAAGAUGAAGAUUGGUGCUGAAGCCGGUCUGGGGCAGAGUGUAGCUGGAUUCGUCACGGCGGAGGGAAAGCUUUCGGAGAAUGUGAGGGCGGGGUUGGUGUUGCAGAUGGAGAUUGCUGGUGGUAUCAUCUUGAAGCUGCGAUUCAACCGCCUCGGUCAAAAACUCUCCAUCCCCGUCCUCCUCGCCGAAAAGCUCGACCCCAAGGUCCUCCUCGGCACCACCCUCCUCCCCGCCAUCUCCUACUACGCCAUCUACAACUACUACCUCGUACCCCGCAAGAAGCAGCGUCUGAGAGAAAGAGUACGGGAGCUGAGGGAGGAGAACAAGGAGUUUAUCAGGCAGAAGAGGGAGGAGGCAAUAGGGGCGAGGGAGGUGUUGGAGAAGAGUGUAGCGACAAAGGUUGUGCAGGAGAAGGAGAGGAAUGGCCUCAUCAUUCUCUCCGCCACAUACGGCCUCGCCUCGAAGAUCGACAACCCCAUCGAAGCCCUCUCCGAAAAACCCAUCGUCACCGAGGAAGACGAGGAAGAAGAAACGAUAGACGUCACCAUCCCCAUCCAAGCUCUCGUCCAAGAUAGCAGACUAUACAUCCCCGGCGGAAAGGGCAAAUUCAACGUCCUCGGCUUCUACGACCCUUGUAUCGGCGAGAAUAAGAAGUUGAAGGUGCAGUACUCGUUCAGGGGAAGGUUGCAUGAGGUCGUUGUGGAGGAUGCUAGUCCUCUACGGGCGCCUGUACGGAGUAAGUCGAUUCAACCUGAUGUUGCUUGUGUCUUGCGUGUGCUGAUGACCGACGUUUAG